AUGGUGCUCAAGCAAAACAAGAUGUGUCCGCGCUUCAAGACCCUCUCGCAUAAUACAUGUGGAGAAGAUCGUAAAAAGAUCAUGCGAUGGGAGCACGAGGUGUAA